UUGGAGCAUUCAAUUCAAUCGUGAUGUUAUAGAUACUAUAACUUUAGGGAAUAGACAUUUUCUUAUCGUGUUCAAUCGUUCUAGACGUUGCGCAAACUUUGCGAACGAUAACCCCGUUUUUUAUUCGUCACACUAUCUAGAUAAUUGAUGGUUUCGUAUUUAUUCACAGUGCACACAUACCAAAGAGAUGCAACUGUACCUUUAACAAUAAGAUUGAUGAGAGUUUGACGAGCAGACUAAUGUUCGCAGGUUCAACACGGAAUAGACAGGAAUAGAGUUUGAGCGUGAUUCCCGUAGGCACACCGAGGAAUCUUUUAAAUCGAAAGUUGCAAGCCUUUAAAUUUGACGUCAUUGCCUUGGUCUGACAACGGGAAUAAAAUGCGAGCAGUUUAGCGUAUAACGUGAUGACCUACAGCUUUGAAUAAAAUAGACUUGUCUUAUAACGCUUGGAUGAAUUAUUCAUAACGUUACGUUCCCGUGCAGCAAUUAGAUUUAAUUUCGAUCGGUGUCUGAUUUUGGGGGACCGCUGAAAAGAAAUUCAAUGUUAACGGUUCAUCGGAGAUUACACCGAGGACUGAACGAGUUAAAAUUAAGAUUGAAGGCUCGGUCAAAAUUUCAAAGUCAUUUCAUACGUUAUGUGCUGAGUUAAGAUGGGAAAUUUCUUUGAACAAAUUUUCCCAUGGCCAGUAGACUCCUGGGGCAUUGACUAAGACUUUCAUAGUUUGUCUUCGUCCGUUUCUUUUCGGAUGAAGAGGUGCAACUUACAUCCCUUGGGGUUUUUUGGGGCUCCUGUCUCCAUUCAUUGAAGUUUCUUUACAGACAAAUGAACGUUUGCGACCAAACAAAAUUUUCACAUUCAGCAGGUGGUUCAACAAUCGGAACGUAUAUAGUAAUGAACCUUAUUGCACAAAUAUGUUCCGAAUAGAUCAAAAACACGAUUGACGAAAACUACUUUCUUUGUUGAUGUAUCCUUGUUAAUACUUAACAUGAUUGACACGUAGGUAUGUUAGUAAAACAAAUAUAACAAAUCAUAAUGCUGCUUAAACAGGUUCUUUUAAAAAUGCUAGUACGUUUCUUCCUGAAGAAUAAUUGUUCCUCUAACCAAAAUGUACCGUUGAAAAGCUCUUUCGCUUUUUGGCUUUUUUGCCUUUUCAAGUAAAAAGAAAAGUUUGAGAACAAUAACCUCCCGCAUUUCGGUGGAGCAGAAAACUAUAUAUCAAUUGGCCACUUGCGACUUGCGAUCGAGUAAUUCUAGAGUAUGAAGGUAUUAGGUAUACUAUGAUUUUAAGAGCACGAUAUACCAUCCUGGGAAAUAUAUCCCGUGAUGUACAAUGUUCUUUUCGUUUCACCAGAGCGCACUCGCCUUUGAAAGUACUAAUGACAGCUAUUUCAAAAAUUCGAUUUUAGCUAUACAUUGCCUAGUCCUUGUUAUUUACACUAGCCUGUAUUAAACGCUUCGGUUAACUUCUCUGGCAAUGAUUACAGAUUCCUCACAAUCUCUUUUUUGGUAAUACGGUGUUGGCAUGUGAAAUGAUAUUUCAGACAAAUUUAGUAUUUACUUGACCAAAACAUUUGACUUGUCGUAAGUUCAUUGUGCUGACGAUAAACAUUUGUCUCUAACAUUUAAUGUGAUAAUCCCUAAUCUACUCGACAGGAAUAUUUCAAUUUACGGAAUUGUUGUGGGGACUACAGCACAAUAAACUUAAAUAAGUCUUGACUGUAUAAAUAAAAUUGCGCAAAAUUAAAAGUUCUACAAAGUAUACGUAGAAUACGUCAUUCCCGAAAGACCGCGGAAGCCGGACGCACGGUUUAAAACUUGUUCAAGCCUAAAAUGCAUUUAUAGAGAUAUUACAUAGAGACAAUAUUUAACGAUGCGUUCCAAAAGUGAGGCUUGGCGAAUUCAACGGAUUGUGUCGCUUCAUUCAUGGCUACUUAAGUUAUAUGUUUCUCCCGCGUGAACUUGCUAUCGCGUCCCUGCGGUUGCGAACACGGAAUCAUCCGCUCUCGAUUUGAAUUGGAGGUCUGACAUGAGCUCUCAUUUUAAUUUAUAAUUCCACGAAAGAAGAUUUUCUACGGUCGCAAACUACGGAUACCGUUAGAUUGUUACAUUGUACUUUGAAGAAAAACAAUUGAACUCCGGCCUUUGCCUGCUGGGCCAGACGGUUUAGGGAUGGACGAAGGCGGAGCUCCUACAAACACUGUCCAGUCUUAACUUCUAACCUGUACACCUAGCUGUGUGAAAGUGAAGAGUAAAAUAGAAAAGGGGAGUUCAAAAAUGGAUGGGGAAAAAAGUGAAUGUAGCCGUAAACAUUUUAUGGUAAUGAAUCUUUCACAGACUCACAAUGUCAGUCAGUUUCUUGCCAUCCGGCGGCAAACGCAGUGUGUCUGUUUUCAUUCCUGUUUCGACUGAAUCAAAGCCAAUAUUAUAAACACGUCGAGAAUAAGAAUGAAGUUUGUUGCUGCUUACACUGCGUCCAGUCUAUUAGUGAUUCUCAUCGCUGCUGGUCAAACAGCCGACCACUUGCCGGAGAAGGGACACGAAUCAUCAGCGACUGACCGAAAUUUGGCAGCGUCUAAUACUCACAGUGAUUAUUCGGGCAACGGUGCUGUCGAAGAAGUAGAAGAGCAACUCGAAUCUGAACUCGAUUUGAAAAGAAUGCUACUCUACGUCACACCGUUAAUGGGUAUCUUCCAGAGGAAAAAGUCGGGACGACAGCUGAGUAAGCGAUCGGCCAAAGAGCUGUUUUAUCAAGGCCGGAAGCGGGGUGCAGGCCGGCGCCCUCCUCCGAUGAUGUACAAUAAAUAUUCGGAAGAGAUGCAGCAGCCGGAUCGGAGCGGGAGUUACGGGGGCUACUCUUCUUCGUCGAGUUACGGCGGAGGCAGCAGUUACGGCGGCGGCAGCAGUUACGGCUGUUGCGAGAAAAAAGACGAUCUGCUGCCGAUAUUAGCUCUCUUAGCACUCUCUCUACUUCUUCUGUAUUUGAUUGCGAUUGCGACGACGACGGUCGCCGGUCGGCGUCGACGUCGUCUGGCGACAGACCCCAAUAACAAAAAUCUACUUGAAGAAGAUAUUCAGUCCGAUAUAGAACUGAUGGACGCUCCAACCUGGAUUUCGAUGGUAGAUGAACUAUGGAACUCUGGCGAGGAUGAAUCUAGCGACGCUUGCACUCUCAAGGCCCUUUGCCGCAUGAAUCGACUGGCCCUGGACUCGCCGGGCACGACGGGCUUAGCCGUUUCGCUGUCCAGCGUGCCACUCAGCUACCUGCUCCAUCAUAGACACCAGAAAGGCUUCCUGAGUUACCUGGACGCUUCUUUGAUGGGUCGCUAUGGAGAGAAUUGUACUACCAUCUUCACUAGCUGCCCGCGUCUCAAUUAAUAGGAGUUCAAUUAUUUUAUUUAUCUCUGAUGUUAUACUACCUUUUGCAUAACUAAAAUGCUCUACAAAUGUCCAAUAAUGUUUUGUCGUAAUUGUGUUGAUGGCACAAUGCAGACCUGAUUAGAAAACACACAAAAUCCUAGAAGCGCUAAGUUACUAUGAAUAGCAAAUUGAUAUUACUCUGUCGUUUUCAAAUAUUUAAAGUUGCGGGUUUUGUUGGCGUGGGACUGAAAUGUGUGUGUUCUUGUGUAGGAAGUAUCACGGAUGUGUGGAUUUAUAAAAGAGAAAUACAUACUGAUGCGUUGGGUCAAAAUACGUUGAAAUGUUUUCCUUGCAGUAUAAUAAGCCUAUAAGCUAUCAAAAACGAGGAGGUGCCGGUGUGGUGGCAGGUCCCACUUGGUCAAAGAAUUGCACUUUGCUUCAAGUGUUUAAUGUUCAAUAUUUUCGAAUGUGAUCGCUUACCCACAGAAAAUGUUAUGAGGGGGAAAUAAAAACAAGCCUGAUCUGGAGUCGUUUGACAAAUGAGAUUUUUAGUGAAUCAUUAGACUGAGAAAACAAAAACGGAGAGAGAAAACAGUUGCAGUCAACCGCCUAGCUUGGGAAUAAACGUAUUCCGUAACGAUUUAUAAUCAA